AUGGUGACAAAGAAAGAUUUGGAAGAAUAUUUUGUUGAUUUCUUUGUUGAAACAUUUGGAACAUUUAUUUUAAUUGUUUUCAAUGAAGGUGCAAUUGCAAAUUAUAAAUUUGCACAAUUAACAACACAUUCGGUAAUAACAAUUUAUAUCGCAAUUGGUGUUGGAAUUUAUACAGCAUUGAUGGCUGGAGGAUCAAUUACUGGAGCACAUAUAAAUCCGGCUGUUAGUAUUUCAUUUAUGACUGUAGGCAAAUUAAAACCAUUAAAAUGUUUAUUUUAUGUCAUUGGUCAAAUCUUUGGAGCAUUUUUAGGUGCAACUUUAGUUUAUUUAGUUUAUUGGAGUCAAUUUAAUCGAUUUGAUGGAGGAUUUCGUCAAAUAAUCGGUAUUAAUGGUACAGAUCAAAUUGUUGGUACAGCUCUUUUAUUAAUCUUUAUUAUGGCUGUUGAUCAACAUUUUAAUCAAUUAGUUUCGGUUGGAAAUAAAGCAUUUGCAUUGAUUUUUAUUGUUAUUGGAAUUAAUUGUGCAUUUUCUAUCAAUGCUGCGGCUGCACUUAAUCCUGCUCGUGAUUUUGGCCCACGUCUUUUAGGUGCAUUUAUUUAUGGAUGGAUCAAUGUUUUUACGGUGAAUAAUCAUUAUUUUUGGAUUCCCAUUGUUGGGCCAUUGAUUGGAGGAAUUUUAGGAAGUUGGAUUUUUAAAUUUUAUGCUUUUAUUGUGGAAAAAUAUGGACAUGUAAAGAAUAUGAAAGAAAAGAAUUUAAAUGAAAUUAAUGUCGAUGAUACAAAUCGAAGACGAAUUGAUGAAGAAAUUUGUGAACUUCGACAACAAUUGACUGUCGAAGCUUAUUGA